AAAGAUCCCACCACAGGAACUACUGGGCAAUUGACCUGGACUCGUUUGCCACAAGGAUUCAAGAACUCGCCCACCCUCUUCGAUGAGGCUUUACAUCAGGACUUGGCUUUCUACCGAGCUUCAAACCCACAGGUUACGGGCUCUGGAAGUUGUGCAGAAAGAAGUGUGGGCCUCUAUCCGAGAAGCCUAUCGGCCAGAGGACAUUUCAGUACCUCACCCGUUCCAAGUGGGAGACUCUGUCUACGUAAGGCGACAUCGAACGGAAAAUCUUGAGCCUCGGUGGAAAGGACCCUUCAUCGUCCUUUUGACCACACCUACAGCUGUGAAAGUAGAUGGCAUCUCUUCCUGGAUACAUGCUUCACAUCUGAAGAAAGCGCCUCAACCAGACCCGGACUGGCGAGUAAUUCGAACUGAUAACCCUCUUAAAUUUCGCUUGUGUAAAAAUGAUUGUGUCACUAACAAUUCUAAUUCUAAUGACCCAGUUAGUGGGAGCUUUGACCUUUCCUUCAGUCAAGCCAUGAUGCCCCAACAUCAUCCUGUGGGGGAGAGGGCCCAGGUGGAUCCUGAGUACUGUUGCCAAGGAAGUCUUGCAGGGGCCCAGGCCAGACCUGGGGCUUUGACUCUGACUUCCAUGUCCUGGACUUCAGUGGUUGGAACUGCUGCUCUGGCUUUAAUUGGUGCCACGAUAGUGGAAACUGUUAACAAGGAGAGAGACAGACUUCAGCAUCACUUGGAGGAGCUGCGUGAUGACCUACUGGAUGCCCUUAAGAAAAAGAGAGUUACUGAGAAGAUGGGUCGUGCUCCUAGAAUAUACGUCAGCAGCAGUGAGUAA